AUGGCUGGUAUCGCAACCUCUAUCUACAACACCUUUAUUAGGCGAAAUGGCAUGAUGCUGAGCACCAUUUUCGUCGGCGCUUUCGGCUUUGAGAUGGCCUUCGACACCGUCUCUACUAAAGUCUGGGACUGCAUAAACAACGGCCGACAAUGGAAGGAUAUCAAGCACCGAUAUAUCAAUAAGGAAGAAGAGUAGACGCAUUCGACGUGUGGUGCCCGAUAUAGACGAAACUACCGGCCGAUGCAGCUGUACAAAUAAUUGUUUAAGGAAUAGAAGAACAAAGAUGUUUCAAUACCAUUUA